AUGUUGGGCACUUGGUUUGCUGUCGCUGCCGCCACUGCAGCCGCCGCCACUGCAACAAACCAAACCGCCAUCAUCCAGAUCUCGGACCGCCACAUCGUCAACAGUCUUCCCGCGGGCUUCGCUUCCUUCACGCUGGACUUCCACCCCAGCUCGCAAGGUAGCGUGUGGGGCGCCAACGCCUCCAUCCUCGAGAUCGACCUGGCGAGCCCCGGCCUGCUCGGGGUCGUGACGGCUCUCGCGCCUGCCGUUCUGCGGCUAGGCGGCUCUGAGGCAGGAGAGAACGUCACCUACGUCGGCUUCCCGGGCUUCGAUGCGCCGUGCCCGUCGGGCUACUACUACUGCCUCACGCGGCCGCGCUGGGCCGCGAUUCUCGCCUUUGCGGCACGCACGGGCGUGCGACUGAUGCUCGACUUGAACCUGAUCGGGCCGGGGACGGCCGACGACUGGCCCGCCGCUCUAUCGCAGAUCGACGCCCUCUUCUCUUACACGGCGCAGCAGCCGCCACGCCUUCGCCCGUUUGCCUUUGAGCUCGGCAGAAUGACGAGGCAGGGCGGCGUGGCGCCGGCCGCGGCGGCGCGCGUCGCAGCGGUGGGCGCGCUGCUCGCAAGCCGUUGGCCGGACGAGGGACAACGGCCGUUGCUGGUGGGGCCGUCGGUGCACAUACAGCCAGACUGGAUCGUCGACUUUGUGCUCGCGCUGCCGGCGCCGCUACCUCUCGACGUCUUUACGUACCACAUGUACGAAGGCUACGGCAAGGCGCCGCGCAUCGCCUCACAGACGGCGGCGGCGUGGGCCUCGGGAGGCCCCACCGGCGCCUGCACAACGUUCGAGUCCAGCCUCUGGUACUUCGACCACCUCGCGCACGCGGCCUCGACGCCGGGCGGCGGCCACCUUGCCGUGGCGCGCCAGACCCUUGCCGGCGGCAACUACUCGCUGGUGGACUCGAACCGCGGGUACAUCGCCCACAGCGACUACUUCGUGGCGCGGCUGAGGCGGCGCGUGAGGGCGGACGUGAGCGUCUCUUCACAGCUGGAGCCGCACCACGCGCUGCGCUCCUUCGCCGCGUGCGACCCGUCCGGCCGCCUUGUCGUCGGCGUCGCCAACGCUGGCGGCGAGGCCAUCGCGACCGCCCUCCAGCUGGGGCAGCACGGCGCGCCGCUCGCCGGCGGCGCGGAGGCGUGGGUCCGACUGAACGGCCAGCCUCUUUCCUCUGUGGGCGGGGAGGUGCCGGAGCUGCCGCCCGUGACGCUGCCCGCGCCGGCCGGCGCCUUCUCGGCGCCGCCCUUUUCGGUCGCCUUCCUGCGUUACGCGGCGGUGUUGCCAGAGGCGUGCGGGCGAGACGGAGGCGGCACGCUGGCCGCUGCCUAA